UUAUAUCUUAGGGCUCAGUUCACGCUUAGUACAGGGAAGCGCGGCCUCGCUGGAGCGUAUCACAGGGAAUUCGAGGCGAUUUCCAGCUCCGGCAGCGAUCGGAGCUCCAGGGCCUGCAUUGCGAUCGCCAGCCGCGAUUACUUCGCUUUAGGCUCGAAUUCUGGCGGAUCUGGGAUGGAAGGGCCUCUCCAGCGCCGGGAUUGCGGCAUAGGGCGGCGAGCGGCGGGCUAUGGCGGCUCGAUUGUAGGCUGAGAGGACCUGCAUUGCUCGCGGCGCGGCGGGGGUUCUUUGUCUAUGGCGAGGGAGUGCCUGCUGCAUGGGGGAAACCAUGGCUCCGAUCUCUACAGGCGCCUCGAGCUAAAUCACGUCGAUUCCCGGAGCUGCGAGAGGCCCCGGAUCUUAGCCGUGCUGUCCUCGCUGCUGGAUCGAGUGGUGGUGAAGAACGAGAGGUACGCCGCCAGCGCCACCGCAAACGGCCACUCCAAUCUCACCGUCUUCCAUGGCUUGCGCGCCCCCAGCAUCAGCAUUGACAAGUAUCUGGAGAGGAUUUUCAAGUACGCGAACUGUAGCCCCUCGUGCUUCGUCGUCGCCUACGUUUACAUCGAUCGAUUCAUCCAGCAAAAGCCCAGCUUGCCCAUCACCUCGCUCAACGUCCAUCGAUUGCUCGUCACUAGCGUCAUGGUAGCGGCAAAGUUCCUGGACGACGCAUACUACAACAACGCCUACUACGCCAAAGUCGGGGGCGUCAACACGCAAGAGAUGAACCGGCUGGAGCUCGAGUUCCUCUUCCACCUCAACUUCCGGCUCCAAGUCACGGUCAGUGUGUUCGAGAGCUACUGCAACCGGCUGGAGAAGGAAGUGAGCGGCAGCCACAUCGAGAGGCCCCUCCACAUCCAGAUUGGAUGUGGCCUGGACGGUGGAGUCACCAGCGCUACUCAAUCCAACGCCCCGGACAAGCAAAGGCUCCCCACUGUGAGAUGCAGCAUGGCCGGCCUCUAGCUCCGACCAAGAUCUCGGGACUUUGCUCGGAGCCUCUUCGUAAGCUUUUGGUUUCUCUCGUUUGGUUUUUUACGCGUGGGCUUUGUGUGUGGAUCUUUGCUAGAGUGCUUGCUAGCAACGAGAAGAAGAACGCCCAACAACAAGGCAGCCCCUGCCGCGUCUGUAGUGUUGUUGGUUUGUAUUUGUGUACUACUACUGAUUUUUUUUUCCUUUCCAUCUCGCUUCAUGGCCUUGGAGCUUCUUCUUGUUGGAGUUUUCUUCUCGCAGACGAGUGAAGCGUUUGUUUGGCCGGGUUUGGCCGAAGCAUCUGUGGUAGAGGGUCCCCCAGACGUGAAAGUUUGUUCGAUCCAUCCAUCUCUUUCGAUCGAGAGUUGAAGUGUUAGAAAAAGCUUUUGGAGA